AUGGAUACCGUCAACCGAUAUGUCACUGCGGCCUCCACUGCACUGUGGGGCGAGAAUCAGGAGUCCCAAGAUGUCGCACACGGCGAUGAGCCCGUGUCGGGUGUGCAGGGAAAAGGAGUCGGCAAUGACCCUUAUGAUGCUGGAAACCGUGAUGAACAACCCGAUGCUCCCAAAUCAGAUGGCAACACUGCUCCACAAGAACCCAAACUUGGCGGCACACCUUUGAACAAAGCUGAGCCCGUCUUGGCAGACAACAGCUCUAGCGCUGUCGCUGGUGGAUCUGGAUCUGGCACCAGCGAAUUGUCCAUGCCAAAGUUCAUUCAAUCUCAAGCCCCAGAGCAGCGAAGUACAGAGAAGAGCGCAGUCCCCAAGGACCAAGGACUAGGAAAUCAAGAACAAGACACUGCUGAAAGCAAUACCACCGAGAAAAAUACCACUGACAAUAAGACUGACGAGAGUAACACCGAUGAGAGCAAAAACACGGGCGAAAACAACAAGGAGCUCCCUGCUCCACCACACAACAAGGAAGUCAGCGAGGAGGCACUGAAGGGUCCACAAGGACCGGCGCCCAAGCCUGCAGAGCAGUUCGAGAAAGAGGAAAAGAUCAAGCAGAAAAAGCCAGCUGAGUCUAGAUCCAGUGGGGAUAGUGACCCAUCUUCAAAGAGCCACAACAGCAAUGACAAAGCAUCUAACGGAAGCGGAAGCGACAAAAAGCACGGUGCCAUGGCGAAGGUGAAGGAAACAUUGAAUAAGGUUGCUCACCCACGCCACGGGAACAACAAGGCUUAA